CAAUUUCCGCAUAGCGUGUGGUAGGAGGUGUACGGGUAGUCGGGUCGCCGCGCACGCCGGCGAGCCCCCUUGAGCUGCUGGUGGUCAAAUAUCGUCCAUCUCCCAGCAGACCAGGGGAUUGUUGUACUCUGCUCAUUGUUGAGCGAAAACAAGUGGAAAUAGCCGAGGGUGAGGGAGGACGUGGCUUCCGACGCUACAACCACUGGUGUAGAUGAGAUCAUACUGCUGUGCAUACAGCGACAAGCAGCAGCUCUUCUCUCAGCAGCGUCGCAUUUCGGAAGGCUGCUCACAACCACUAGGAUAGUCUGCAAUAGUGCUUGAGGAGGGAGCGAGCGAGCUACAGCGGGACCAUGGAGGAGGAGGUCGUAGGGGAUGAGGGGUGCGAAGGGGCAGACGACGAUGAAAACAACGGCGGUAGAGUCGCUUCGAAUCCCCAAGUGACCGAGACAGGUAGUACCUUACUGGGACGUGUAGUAGAGGGCGAAAACGGCGCACAUGAUCAGGAACAUUCCCCAAAAAGGAACGGCUUUUUCGCGGAGAACGGGAGGCGUGGAGAUGAUGCACGAGUCCCAGGCAAGGGGGUUCUGCUGCUACGGCUCAUCGUCCUUGCCACCAUGGCGCUCUGCAUGUCGUGGGUCGGAGGUGGCGGGAAAAUCGAACAAAAUACGGCUCUACACGGCACAGUAGAUGAUGGCGAUCUCAUCGAAUUAGACGACAUCAACUUGGGCACGAGGGGGGAGGGUCGGGGGGGCAAGCGCCGACUCCCCGUCGUACCCUUCAGCUCCAGUUGCCCUUAUGCCAUCCCUUCAGAAGAGGAGGCGCGUGAGAGAAGCGGAAACACAUCCGCGCCCGGAAACGUCGUUGUCGUAACGGACUUCAACUACUGCCGCUUGGGCAACCGUUUCACUUCCAUGAGCCGGAGCCUGAGUCUAGGGUACUGCUGCAAAUCUAGACUGUUGUCGCUGCCGCCAAAGGACGAACAACUCGCCCCCGGCCGUUUCAACGAAGGCAUUCCUGGGCCUAGGAACUUCGACUUUUCAAGCGCGCCAGACGUGGAGGGUUUCGACUAUUCCAGCUGCCCGCCUGAGAUCACGUGGGGCGGAACAAACGCAUUCCACCUACAAGGACUACGCGACGAAGGUCACCCGUACUACACCCCGGAGCUGUUCGAGUGCAUCAAGGAACUCCCCCGGAUAGCGGGGUGUGAAGCGGCCUAUUUCUUCCCGAAAGACAUGGCCGUUGACAUGUGUCCGUUGGACGAAACGGCCGAACGAGACCACAACAACAGCAACGUCAGAGAUGUAUCGGAGAAACCAAGGGAUGAUGCGCCCGGGGUCCGGUUGGAUUGGGGAGAAAGGGGACAAGGGCGGGAGGCCACAGGACAGGAGGCCACAGAACAGGAGGAGGAGGAGAAGGAGGAGGAGAAGGAGGAGGGAUCUGCUGGAAACUUGGUGGUGCACGUGAGGUCGGGAGACAUUUUCGUUAGACCGCAUCCGGACUACGGCCAGCCACCAUUGCAGUAUUACGUGCGGGCCAUACAAGACCAGGAGUGGGACCGGGUCGACGUCGUCACGGACGGCAUCGUAGACGAAACCCAUGCCAUCAACCCCGUCGUCCCAGCGCUCGAAGCGAAAGUGGCAGAGGGUGAGCUCGCCGGGAACAUCCACUUCCACAAGAACCGCACGAUAGGGGAGGAUCUCCGGUACAUGAUCUGCGCGGACGGUUUCGUGGCGGCGAGAUCGACCUUGAGACAUGUCGUUUCGCACCACUCAUCGGCCAAGCGGAUGUACUUUCCCAUGGCGUGCAACGAAAAGCUCAAGACUCUUAGCACCGAGAGACCUGGGACCCAGGUGUUUGGCAUGGCUUCGUGGAACGACCAGUAUACCGUGUACCAGCGCUGGAACAACACGGCCGAUCAGCUCACGGAAAUGAUGACCUUCGACGUCGGUGGCUUCGAGCAGUGCACCGCCCGCAGACCAUAGGACCGUACGAUCGAUGAUCCCUACGGAGUGGGCUGCGGGUCAUUAAGGGGUGAUGCUAAGGGGUGGUGCAAUAGAAGGAAACAAGCAAAGCAGCAGCAGGAGGAUUAGCCCACAGCUGGCUGCUGCCAGCUGUGUCCUUUCCCAAGCCCGAACCGCCCACACAGCUGACGUGCCUUUGACUCGACGACCCCGAUGACCCUCAACGAUCUAAGAAGACCAAGUUACUACAGUACAAGUUCUUAACGGCCGUAUUCGAUAGAGAACGAUGUAGAAGACCAUCUAAAGGUCCACAAUGUGUGUUUUACUGUGGACAGGAAUUGCGAAAAGUCAUCUUGCCUACCUAGACGCCUACUAGACAUUGUAGAUUUACCACCGUCAGAUUAUUCUUCGCUAGAAUACCGUACCAGUUCACGCCACACCAUCAAACUAUUUGAAGUAGAUUACAAUCUCUCAUGUAUGUUCUUUUAUAUUGGGUACUUGGCACCUGGAGGUACGAAAAAUAUCCUUCUAUAUGUAUUCGGAUCGAACCCCACCACCGUUGUUGUUACUUGGCAUUGUCGAGCACGCGUUGCUUAUUUGGGUGCUGUGUAGGAUCGGUCGUCUCCGAGCUGCUUCCCGGCUGUUUUUUUUUUUUUUUCAUGUUUCGCAACGAAAGAUCCUGUGUCGCUUCUGCCGGGCUGUUUCUUCUCGGCACAUUCGAAGUAUUCAUAGUUGGAGAGGAUUGGACCUGUUUCGGGUUCCAAAGCGGCGGGUUAUUUGUGAGCAACAAGUUGAACAUUGGGAAGGACGCCACCUGUUUCCGGUGUAGAAGCGCUUGGUUUUGCGUCAAACAGCCGACGUCAUGUGUGGCAGCCAGUCCAGCCUAUUGACCCGGCACGUUUUUGCUGGUAGCGCUGAGGGGUUGCGGAACGAUAGGUGGUGAAGCCUUGCGUACUGUCAAGUGUGUAGUACUUCAGUGUUGCUUGCGAUCAGACACAUUUUUGACUUGUAUCUGAGUGCGUGCUGCGUCUGUUGCGUGUGGUUGGACAGAUGUUUUGAUCUUGAUGGGUGCAUGCGUGGGGGAAUGGCAUGAUCAGUACAGCUCCGCUGGCGAGUUGAUACACCCCCGGCCUGGCGCCGAGUGUGGGUACAGGGACUGAAUCCUAUUCCGUUUGUGUUGUCUUGGUUGAGUUGAUCAUGUCGUGAUUCUUGUGUAUUUGUCAUCUCGUGUCGAUCUGUUCCGAUAGGUUCUCUACUGUCCGACAUGCUGCCGGCUACGCCUUUCGCUGUCUGUUGGGGCCUUUCAUUUGUCGUCUGUUUUUUUGCUCUAUUCUUGUGUAUCGCGUUCGUGUUGAUAUAGUUAGCGCCCGCACUUCAGAACCUCUAGUUUUGGUCGAAGCUACUGUAGGGUUCUUACAUGUUCCUAGGGGUAUGCUACAAAAUGACGGCCAUGUAGGUUUUUGAGAAGGGGUUCUUGUUUCUGACCUCACAAACGGUGGUCAAGUUCUUGCGAGUUUGUCGGGGUUCAAGUUCUUGACUGCCAGCGUCUCAAGUGCGGGGGCUCACUAUAUUUUCGGUCGUGCGUACCCCAUUUGGGUAGCAAUU